AUGGAUUUCAUCUCGCCCCUGCCAGUGAGUGUUGGUGAGCUACGGCAGCGGAUCCUGUCGAGAUGGUGCACUCUAGAAGAGGCCGUGCAGGUUGCUCAGCUGCCUGACAGGUUGACCUACUUUGAGAUGCGGAGAUUCUUGUGUGAGGACGCGCCAGCUUUACAGGGGCCAUCAUCACCUGAACCUGUUGCCUUGGCGCUACUGUCAGUGCCUGAGGAGUGCGAACUGCCCGUCACGCAGCCCAGCAGACUAGAGGCGGGUAUUUUGAAGGUCUUCAUCAAACUGUGCAAGGAUGAGCAAGUAGACCCCGCGCAGUGCAAUGCCUUUGUGUCCAGACAAGGCCUCCUCUUCGAGCUUUCGCGCUUUGCAGCAAGGGAAGGUUUUCGCUCCUGGUCUUCUCGGGCCUUGCUAACCGGUGAGGGUGCACCAGUCGAUUCAGACUUGAGUGAAGAUGCGUUCUGCGAAGUGGUUGUGCGACAAAACGGGCACCUGGAAGAUGCACAGGAGUGGUUUGACUUGCUGUGCCCUUCCACGUCUACGGCCAAACCUUCCCAAGCUCCGGCAAAGCUUCUGGAGCCUGCGGCUUUGACACAGCAAGCACUCAGCUGGCCGAAGCUGCCUGGCGCCCUGGACGCUUCAGAGCCGUGGCAACUCUCAGAAUUGGUGGUGAGACUGGUUUCUGUGUGGGGUGACCUCACGGCAGCCUUUGGUCUGGACGCCGUGAAGGAAGAAGAGGCUUCAACGAGAGGUGCAAGUCCUGCCCGCGCCUCCAAAGAUGGUGUGAAAAGUAUGGCAGUGCAGCCGGCUGCUCCAGCAGUGCGACGGCGGCGACGUCUGACCACCAGGCAAUGGCUGCGCGCGCUUCGAGGGAAACCUGGUCGGCUGCUAUUGAGUGAGAUGGAAGCCCGAACAGAGUCGGAGAGGCUGGCUUUGCUGCCUCACACGGUGGACAGGCUCUUUUCGAAUCUAUCUGACCGUCUCCUGGUGACAAAGAACCUUUGGCUACCUGAUGAGUUGAUUCCAGUGCGCUACUCCCUGAGUGAACUUGGCUUUUGGGGAUGUGGAGGACCUGCACCUUUGGCAGUUGGCAGGAAGCUUCCGCUUGGGCGACGGCCCUUUAUCACCUUUGUCCCCUCACAGCCAGAGCUGGCAGGUUUUGAGGAUUCCACGCAUCCCAGCCGUGCUUUGGUUUCCCCGCACGUGGCAAGUGGUGUGGCAUGGCUUCGUGCACCAAAGCCUCCAAAUGGUGCAGAGUUGGUGAGUUGGCAUCUUCAGUUGUUCUCAUCAGAGGAUGGGGUCACACCAUUGGUGUCUGUGAGCCAGCCGCUCCUUAUCCAGGUGAUGAGUGUGCCACCUGCCCCACCGUCCGAGAUCAUCCUGUGCGACCAAACUCCAGACUCGCUCACGUUGUCAUGGACGGAGUCCCUUCAAGACGGAGGUCUUGAAGUACUUCACUAUGAGCUGAGCCUUGAGUUGGAGGAUGCCAUCUCGAUCAACCAUGCUGAUGAACCGCCAGUCACAAUCACGGAGCUCGAACCAGAGAAAACCUAUGUUUGCUGUGUGCGAGCCAUUAAUAGCCUUGGGGCUGGACCAUGGAGCGCUACAUGGAGCUUCAAGACUGCAGAUCCAUGUGCGCCGCCUGCUCUCCGAGCGCCGUAUGUUGUGCAGGUUGGGACGUCCCAGGCCUUCUUGCGCUGGGUGCCGGUGGGCGGCUUCCGCGUGUCGAAAUAUUUGAUGAAGGCCCUGAAGGCAGUCUCAGCGACAGGCCCUGAGAAUGCGGACGGGGUCAUUCAGAUGUGCGAGGGCGAUCAAAUGGACAUGCUUUUCACUGAUUUGUCUAGCUUUACGCCAUAUCAGUUCUGUAUUGCAGCUUGCAACUCUCAGGGGCAGGGCCCCUGGAGCAACCUUACUCCAGAGGUCUUCACUGAGCCAGAUUUGCCUGGCCAAGCCGAAGAUGUCGCAUGUGUAGCAGAGCGUGCCUCACUCUGUGUCACCUGGAAGCCGCCCAAAGAUGAAGGUGGUGCUAGUGUGCUUGAGUACAUGCUGCGGGUGAAGUCAAUGGAGCUCGACAACCCGCAAGUUCUGGAGAUGUCCGUUGGGAACUCACCAGCUUGGAUAUCUGGGCUUUUCGGCAAUUGUAGCUACCGCAUCUCUGUUGCAGCCCGGAAUGCAGCAGGUUUGGGAUGUUUUGUUGAUGUGGAGGGGCGGACGGCAGUCGUGCCGCCCAACGCACCUCGAGCGCUGGAGCUUUUUUGCGCGGAAGCGGACGCUGUCAUAGUCAGGUGGUUGCCACCCGGCAAUGAUGGUGGAUCGCCUGUGCUCAACUACGUUGUCAAGGUGGCUGGACCGGAUGAGCCUGAGUUGGAACUUGGCUGUCUUGCCCAUCCUGAUCCUAAAGCGGCAGGUGGUACCGAGAAAAGCGCAGCUGGUGGUCCUGGAGGUCUCCAGCUCCCUGCUCUAAGAGGUGCUACGGCGUACACUGUGCGGGUGCAUGCCUGCAAUAAGGCUGGCACAUCCCCAGCCGCAGAAGUCACAGUACGGACAGGGCCAACAGUGCCAGGUGUGCCAGAGCCACCACGGGUGUCCCGGCGACCUGGGCAGUUGAAAUUGCGCUGGGAGCAGCCAGAGGAUGGCGGCAGUCCAGUGCUGCAGUACGAGGUUCGAGUAGCCUUGAGUGGGGACUUGACAAUCUUGGCGCAGCUUUGUGUCGAGGGCCAGGAGGUCAAACUGGCAGGCUUGGAGCCAGGCUGUAGCUACUGCGCUCAGCUCCGUGCGCGGAACCAGCGGGGCUGGGGCGCGUGGUCUCGCUGGAGCGCACCACGUUCUCCAGGAGCAGUGCCUGGGCGACCUCCAGCGCCCCGACCGCUUUUGCAAAGAACGGCACGGUCUUUGCUGGCAGAAUGGGACCCGCCAGAUAGCGACACACCCCUGUUGGAAUACGAAGUGUGGUGUGGAAAGGAGGAGACAUUCUGUCAUGGUAUAGCUCCGGCAGAAGGGAGGCGGACUCGCACUUCCCGGACAGUGGCAAAGAUGACAGGUUUGGCCCCUUCGAGCCAGUACGUCUUCCGGGUUCGGGCUUUGAACGUCUCAGGCUGGUCGCCGUGGUCUGCUCCUUCGGAUCCUGUGUGCACCAUGGAUGCGCAAAGUAGCGAAGAGAUUAUGUCAGCAGUGUUCCGACACUUCGGAACGGUUGGAGCUGCUUUCCGCGCGUUUGAUCGAGACAGGGAUGGCCUGGUGAGCAGAGAGGAAUUUGUCACAAGCCUUGGUCUCACAAAGUACCGCUUAGGCUUGGUUUCGUUGGAGCAGCGAGCGCAUCUCUUCUGUCGGGCCGAUCGCGGUGGGAGUGGAUUCCUGUCUUAUCCUAACUUCGCCUCGUUAUUUGGCAGAGCCUCUUCGAGGCGGCCGCAUCGUCGCUCAUUUUCACAGGAUACUUCAGCUUCACAAGAUGGCCUGUGCGGGCCUGCAAGAGCGGGCAUGCGGCGGUGGAGCCAGGUGACACCUCAAUGCUUGAACGAGCGUUUACAACAAGCGAGCUGCAUAGAAGUCCUCGCAUGCAGUGGCAGCCAAUCUGGUUCCUGCAACUCGUCAAGGGCAAGUAGUCCAGCACUCCGACGGACAGAUGUGGAAGGAACCACUCAACCACUGAGGGACCGUGCAGAUCUUGAAAACCGUGACACUUUGCACCGGUGUUGCCUCACGUGCUCUCCAACCAAGCUGCCCACCAUGGACUACCAUGGGGAAGCGUUGCCGGCAUUGCCUUUGCUGGGGGCAGCUCGAGCACCAACUCCUGACAGAUAA